AUGGGCUCGGCAAUGGACCUCAAACGGAUCGAGUUGAACCCGGCGAGGCCCGCUGUACCAGCACCUGGGCGAGGCCAGCGCCUGGUGGACAUGUACAACACGCCUUUCUUCCACCUUGGGGCCGUCGGUCGAUGGCUGGGCGUACGGAUAGAUGUGCUCGGUUCGGGAGUGUCCCUCGCCUGCAGCACCUUCGUCGUGUGCCGGACAGGCGCGGGCAGGAUGGACGCAGGCGCCGCUGGGCUGGCCAUGAGCUACGCAGCCACUUUCACAGGCAACUUGCUAUGGCUCAUCCGGUUGCACACGGCCAACGAGCAGGACAUGAACUUGAUGGAGCGGGUGGGCGAGUAUCUGGAUGUGCCGCAGGAGGGCCCUACAGCAGUGCCGGCGAAAGGGUGGGCCGGCGGCCAGGGUGGUAGUGCAAUCGAAUUCGUCGACUACAGCGCGCACUACGGCAAGGAGCGUGAGACCGUACUGCGGAAUCUGCGGCUGAGCAUCGGAGCGCGAGAGAAAAUCGGCGUGGUUGGGCGCACAGGGCCAGGCAAGACGUCGCUCGCGCUCGCACUCGUGCGGGCGCUACCGUAA